UUUUUUUUUUUGGAAGUGUGUAAAAUUUUGGAAUGAAGAGUGUUUUUCGAGCGCCCGCAAUAUUAUCCCUAAUUUUUGGUAUAUAUCAGCAACAUUUUUCCAUCUCUCUUCACAAAAUGACAGAAAACACCCAAGUGCAAUGGAUUUUAAACAAUUAUGAUGGUUACGGGACAUUCCCCUCUUUGAUGUUCGCCAAGUUCUCGAAAGUAGAAGACUUAAAAACUUGUGAAAAUAUCUUUAAGAAGGCGGUGGAUGACAUCGCGACGUUAUCAAUCAAACAAUACAAAAAUCAUUCCAAAUGGAUCAAAUGGACGCGACAAGUAAAGAGAUAGCAAUACGAAGUAUUAAGUACACUAUUUUCAUAAAUUAUUCGCACAAGCUCAGAAAAAAAUUGCGCACAAUUUUUUUUAUUUUUUCGCACAGAUUCGCAAAAUCAACAAAACACGAUGGACUUUCGAGUUUAUUAAGAAGAUGG